AUUGCACCUCUUUCCUGCAUUCCCUCUUAUCAGACGUGCAUAAUGUCUGUCCCAACUCUCCUCUUGAACGAUGGCAACUCUGUCCCCUGGAUCGGAUUCGGCACUGGAACCGCCCUCUACAGUAAAGACGCUGCAGAAGCUGUGAGCGUCGCUAUUCAGAAUGGUUUCAUCCAUCUCGACGGUGCGCAAGUGUAUAAUAAUGAAGAGACGUUGGGCGUCGGUGUGGUUCAGUCUGGGAAACCACGCUCAGAGUUGUUCGUAACAACCAAAUUAACCAAAUUGAAACCCGGUGCAACGCCAAAGAGCGCUUUGCAAGAGUCCUUAAAGAAACUUGGAUUGGAUCAGGCGGACCUGUACUUGAUUCAUACCCCAAAUAAUCAUAAAGGGCAGUUGAAAGAAGUGUGGAAGGGCAUGGAAGAGUGUAAGAAGGACGGCUUGACAAAGUCUAUCGGUGUUUCCAACUUCGCGGUGGAGCACCUCGAGGAAAUUCUCGAAGUUGCCACCAUUCCUCCUUCUGUCAACCAGAUUGAGCUUCACCCAUAUGUGUGGAAAGCUCUUCAGCCCGUUUUCGAGAUUCACAAACAACAUGGCAUUGUCACCUCGUCGUACGCUGGUUUAUCGCCUCUUUUCCGCGGCAAAGGUGGUCCUUUAGAUCCCGUCAUAGAAAGCAUCAGACAAAGAUUGCAAACCACUCGUGGACAACCUGUCACUGACAGUCAGGUCUUGAACAAGUGGCUAAAGCAGAACGGUAUCCUUGUCAUUACAACUACUUCCAAAGCGGAGCGGGCGAGGGAAUACGUUGAUACCGUUAAUGUUCCCGAUUUGACUGCUGAAGAGAUCGCUUUGAUUGAAAAGACAGGGUCUCAACUACACCAGAGAUACUUCCCGGGAAUUGGCCUCCUGAGUAGAUCGUUAUUCUAUUAUGCACGGAUCAGCCCC